GAGGACCUCCACUUGCCUAGAUACCCGUCAGGCCGUAUUUCUCCUAGCUAAUAAGUCGACUUUGUAUUACAUAGUAAGCCAAGUGGAAACCCCAUAUGCAGUGCACCGCCGGGACGGGACCAACCAGAGACCUUCGAAGCGGGUUCUGGCAGGCGGACGCGCAAGCCUCCUCAACCGCCCGGCGCGAAAGGUGGUUGGAAAACCAGGCCCAAGAGUGCAGGCAAGUUAACGAGGCGAGACACGUUGCCGGCUCUGCCGACCGCCGAACAUCCGCGCCUGGGGCCACCGGCUGGGGAAGCUUGAAUCCAAUGAGUGAUAGAUGACUGGUAGAUUCUGUCUGGUGGAAUCAACAAAAGUCCCGUACCUACCACUUGAGUACUUACUUUGUGGAUAACCUCCAUUGUAGCCCGAGCUUUUACCUUCCGGGUGUCCUUCCACUAAAAGUACUGUAUUUAAAGGGACGAAUUAGUUAGGCCCAUAUGUCAGACGAGGAGGGCUGGAAACCAAACAGAAAUAAACCUCUUCUAGAACUAGACGAAAAGAUAAACGAGAUAGAACUGGGGGGGGGGUCUAACAAAAAAUAAAAAAUAAAGAUCGAUUGAUCAAUUUCCUAGCAAGUUACAAAAAAAAAGUUCUACGGAGCAAUCUCACAAAGCAAUUGCCAACCGAGAUGGUGUGUAAUACGCCGUGUUCUAGGUCGAGGCGAUGGAAAUAACGGGCGACUAAGAUACGUUGGGCAAGUAAUUUCUCCGUCUGGAAAGGUGCGUCGCAG